GGACGGCAAUCGGUGCUGGAGCGGCACCCGGACGGCAAUAGGAGCUGGAGUGCGCUCCGCUCGCACACGCAGGGCUUCAUGCGUGGGGGUUUCUAGGUUUGGUUUGGAGCUUGUUUUUCUUUUGUUUUUCUUUUUUUUCUUUUUUUUUUAUUCCCGAAGUCGGUGAGAUCAUCCUGCCUGGAGGCUGUGGUGUGACAGAAAUGCUAAAUAGCCCUCUAGCUCGGGGAGGUUUCCUCAGUUUAACUCCGCAGUCGCCUUGCAAUCAGGUGGUAGACUUUCAGAAAAUGAAUGCCUAAUUGAAUCGGGGGUAGUACUUCAGGGAAACAGGCUGAAGCUUAAAAGCAUAAGGUAUAUAUUAAAAAAAAGUCGUAAGCCUUAAAGAGUAGGCUAGAGUAAUCAUGAAUGAAGGUCUAAAGGAGUAAGUCCUAGGUUGAAAAUGCUAGAAAACAAGCUGUUGGCACGCGAGCCCUACCUCUUUGCAAAGGAAGAGUAAUCCAAGUUAUAACUGGAUAUCAAUUUCAGUUUUUUGCAUUUUGCUAGUUAAUGUCCUUCAACUUUUUAAUACCCAGAAAUAUUCUAGUGCAAUGUACUUCAUUUUUGAUACAGUUAAUACCCUUCAACGUUAACAACUCUAAAACAUUUUAGGUGCCAAAGUACUUAGUUUUAAUGGCAUUUGAUAAAUAGAGAUAGUAGCUGUCAUCCAUGGGAUUGUGUUAAACAGAUGGGACAACGGAGCACUUCACACUCCUUACUGUUUCUAAGUGAGUCAUUCAAGGAGUGUGACUAAUCAUCCUACCAUACAGUUGUCAACAAAAGAGUAUUUUAUUUUUUUCCUUAACUACCCACAAAAUCAAAGAGAUUUCCAGAUUUUCUGUGGAUAACUGAUAACUAAAGAACCUAUCUUUUGAACAACACUUAAAAUUUAGAUUGAGGGGGACUACAUGUGAUGGACUUCUUGUCUUAAGAAUAUAUGUGGAAUUUUGUUGUGUGCAGCAGUACAGUGAUGUACCUGGGAAGUCGGUUAACUUAGAAUGGUCAUUGUCGGGCAAGCAGCCACAUGUUGUUUUAAGGCAAUUGUCUAAAUGACAACCUCACGAGAAACUGAAUUAAUUUUAUCACUCCUCCUUCCUCCUGUCCCAGCUGCACCUGUGUCAAAUUGUAAAUCCCCUGGGACAGAGGCACUUCAUUAUUCGGUGCAGUCUGGAUUGGGGAUUUUCAUGAUAGUAGUGUUAAUUAGGUAACUUUCACGAUGGAUGUUGCCAAGGUAAUGAUAGUGCUGGCUGGGGGUUGGGUGGGAACCGCUUUUGUUGUGAGGAAACCGGGGUAGUAAGAGGAAGAGCUGGCUGAGAAAUUUGUGUUUAGAAGUGUGAUAGGGAAGUGACCUGAUUUGAACAUAGCCCUUGUAGGAAAAUGAAGUCAGCAGUUAUCUACAGCUUGAGAGACUGAGCCAAGAGGACAACAUUGAUUAAAGAGAAAAAAUAUUAUGGGAAUGGAAAAUGUCUUGAAGGGAAGAUACACAGAUUUAAUUUUUUUGAAGUUAAAUGAGUUAGAGCUGGGAUAGAAGAUUUUAAAUGCACCAAAAUGUAGUGUAGGACACAGGAGGAAGAUGGUUGAUUUGGAAGAAGUUACCUGGGACAGGGGCUGGUGGGGGGAAGUAACAUGAGGUGUGGAAAUAGUGAAACCAAGGAUACAUCAGAAUGGAUCCCACAAAGAACGUAAAAAAGGUAUAUUAAAUGUUUGCCAGCUUCUGCUGUUGACAGAUACAUUUUCUGAUUUUUUUGUAUCUGUUUGCAGUAUUGAUAAAGAUUUGCUUUUUUUUUAAAGUGUAUUUCUAAUAGUUGGUUUGGUUUGUUUGUUGUCUCAUCACCUGUCUUGUGAAGACUAAUUAUUGAUCAGGAGUGUGCUUAGAAUGCUGUUUUCCGUGUUUUCCCUGUAAUCUAAACUUGAAGUGACUUUUAUAUGUGUGUAAAUUGACAAAAACCAAACAAAUAAAACAGGCAUUUACCCACAGAAAACAGAUUGGUGCAGUGAGUUUGGGGCUUCUCUAGCCUGAUGAUCUCUGUAGAGAAGUGAUCUCUUUUUUCUGGUGUCUGCCUCAGCAGGUGUCACAGGUGCCUUUUGUUAAACAGGAAGCGCAAUUGAAAGGACACUUUAUCGUCUUUCAAAUAGAGAGUGGAAGAACAGGUUUCCUUUAGAAAAUAGAGAAGUUGAGGAGUGGUCUGAGGAUUGAGUCCUAACCAGAGGGAGGUGGUAAUGACACAGAAAUCAAUGGAGAUGAUGCCUCUUUGACACUAGAGGGUCAUUCUUGCCUUCUAACAGUGUGGUCCCACAGGUUCAGUAUUUGGUAAGUGAUGAAGAACUGUGGCAAAAGUACAGCCCAUCCCUUUUACCCCAUAUUCUGGAGAUGGAUGUCUCUUUGCUAGCUAAUCCUUGGAUUAGAGAAUGCAAGCAAAAUAUACCAAUAAUGUAAGAAUGUCAGAAGAGUCAUUCCACCAAAAAGAAAUGUGUAGGCUGUACACUCUGUGGGUGAUAUUACCAAUGAAAAUACUAAUGUAGUCUUAUGUUGGGGUUGUAACGAGUCUGCACGGUAAUUGCAGUACAAUAAUCAGAAAACCAUGGUUUUAGCUAUACUUCAGCUUUUGAAAUACACUCUACUGCUGUUGUAUUUUAGUUCAGAGAAAGGACAUAAAUUUUAUGUUAAUUCCUUUAACUUUCUAGAAUAUAAUUAUUUAGCUAAAAAAACCCCGCAACUUGUCAUUGCAUUUUUAUUUUAGAGUUGCCAUACCAACCAGUAUGCCCUUUCAGUGAGGAAGGGGGCUUGAAACUUUUUCAGCAAGCUACAAGUAUUUAUAUAUUUGAAUUAUAAACUACCCUGUUGUCUUGGCAAAUAACAUGGAGCUUGGUUCACUUUAAUCAUCUUUAGCUAUUAAUAAACUAAUUUCUUUGAAAAUGCUGGGGAUGUUUGACUGCGAAUCCAGUAAAUACUUCCCGUAAUUCCUGGGCAGUCUGAUCUUCUGGUUUUAUUCAGGAGAGCUUGGCAUUAUCAGUAUGGAUCGCUCCCGACACCGUGCGGGAAAUGGCAAUGAGCAGGCGCCUUCCCGGGAGCGCAGCGGCGAAGGUGAGAGACAGCGGCAGCUGGAGCGGCUCAGCAGGGAGGAGGCCUAUUACCAGUUCAUUAACGAGCUCAACGAGGAGGACUACAGGUUAAUGAGGGACCGAAACCUGCUUGGCACUCCUGGAGAAAUAACAGCAGAAGAGUUGCAGCAACGUUUGGAGGGGGCUAAGGAGUGUCUGACAUCGCAGUCUGAUCUGGAUAACAGAGAACGUGAAGGUAGAACUGUUGGAGAUUCUGAAGUUCUUGGGGAAAACUCCAACGGCGACUCUUUGCUUGAAUGGCUUAACACAUUCCGUCGCACAGGAAACGCCACUCGCAGUGGGCAGAGUGGGAACCAGACCUGGAGAGCCGUGAGUCGAACGAAUCCAAACAGUGGGGAGUUUCGCUUUAGUCUCGAAAUCAAUAUAAAUCAUGAUCAUAACAGUUUGGAAACUUCUGGUGAGGAGUAUGUUGAUAUAGAUGCUACCAGACUGUAUGUAGAAAGAAGACGUCAGCCAGUUGCCAGUUCAGUAGCCCCAUGGACAAGGAGCAUGGCUGCAAGAGAGGCAAACAACGAAGCUGCAAGGACCAGGCUUUUAAGACGUGCCAUGGCAUUAAGGUCAGAAAUAGUCUCUCAUGCAGUCUCAGGGAGGCUCAGGAGUAGAACAAGGGAGCUGACAGACCAGACAAAUUAUACUACACAAAGCAAUUCUGUGGCUGCUGAUGAACCAAGAGAAAUGCCGGAAAGAGGUACUUCUGCAGGGGUCAGAAGGGGUAGAGCUAGAACUAAUGUCCGGAUGAAUACAAACCAAAGACUAGAAAUUUUGCGGCUGAGGUCUACCCUUAGUAGUCGAAGCCGCUCCCCGCUGCAAAGGCAAGGUGAUGCUGCUCGUUCUGAGGAACAUAGUCAGAGGCAGGAUAGAAAUGCACAGCAGGUCAACAGAAGUAGGAGACAAACUGCUCAGGCUUCUCCACAGUCUACUGAAGAGCAAGCAAGAGGUAACACUCAGGCUUCCCAGCUUUCCAAUGUAGCCCCAUCCUUACGAACAACUUCAGAAGAGGAAGAACCUGGUAGGCCAGUAGCUGCUGCCAGAAGGCACCCAACAAUUACACUAGAUCUUCAGGUGAGAAGAAUUCGUCCUGGAGAAAACAGAGACCGGGACAGCAUUGCCAGUAGAACUCGUUCUAGAGUAGGAAUGUCAGAAAACACAGUUACCUUUGAAAGUGACAGUGGGGGAUUUCGGCGCACGAUAUCCCGCUCAGAACGCGCAGGUAUUCGGACCUACAUUAGCACUAUACGAAUACCUCUCCGUCGGAUUUCAGAAACUGGGCUCGGGGAACCUUCAUCGGUGGCUCUUCGAUCAAUCCUUAGACAGAUAAUGACAGGCUUUGGAGAACUGAGUUCUUUAAUGGAAACUGAAUCUAAUUCAGAAGUGCAAAGAGGCGGCCAUCACUUAGGGGAUGCACAGAAUAACUCAAGUUCGGCGAAUGGCAGUGAUCCCAGUGGGGUUUUGUCUAGAAAUAGACAUGCAGGAGAUGGCAGCAGGGAAAGAAAUGGACAGAGGGGUGGUAGUCAACGCUCUGGGCGCAAUCAUGAGAACCAAGCCAGCAGGCAGUCUCAAGAUGCAAACAACCUUGUGGAGAACGGAACACUGCCCAUCCUUCGACUUGCCCACUUCUUCCUGCUGAAUGAGGAUGAUGAUGAUGAUCGUUUAAGAGGUUUAACCAAAGAGCAGAUUGACAAUCUUUCUACACGGAACUAUGGGGAUGUUCACACUGAAAAUGAAUGGAGUAAAACGUGCAGUGUUUGCAUUAAUGAAUAUGCAACAGGGAAUAAGCUAAGGCAGUUACCUUGUACGCAUGAGUUUCACAUUCAUUGUAUUGAUCGCUGGCUUUCUGAAAACUCCACUUGUCCAAUUUGUCGGCAGCCAGUUCUGGGGUCUAAUGCCACAGAUAAUGGCUAGAAUUGUUUGUACUGCUCAGCACUCAAGGAUUUGCUCCUGCUCUGAGCCACAUGAAAUUCAUUGACUUAGAUAUGGGUCCAUUUGUGGGGGGAGUUUUGUUAAAUUUCUUCAAAAAUUAUAGAAACUUAUCUAAAUUUAACAAUGUAAAUACUAUUUUUUCCAAGUGCAGAUCUAGGAGCACACAUAGAACCAAAUGAUAUUGGUAAAGUUUAUAUUUUUUUAGAUAAUUUUGUUAUGCUAAGCACUUUUGUAAAUACAGAAAUGCAAUAGUUAAUCAGUCCUGCUUAAUGUAUGUUUUUUAACAUUGUAAUGGACUCGCUUUAUUUAGAUUACAAAAUGUUUCACACAGACCCACCACUGUGUUGAAAAAAUAGUGGCUAAAUAGCCAUUUGUUAGCUUUUUGUUCUAAGAACAAUUUCUUUUACAGAGAGUCUCUUGCUGGACAUGUUUGCUGAAGAUAUUUAAGUUACUUGAAGUGCUCAUUUUAUUAAUUUUUUUUAAAACAUUGAAAUAUCCUUUCAAAAAACUUGCCAAUUUGGUUCUAUUUAAAAAAUUCUAUGGCAAUUUUUGCAUGUGGGUUUACACAGUUCUUAACGUUGAUGAGUUCUUAUUCAGAAGUGGAUGAGUUAGUGGCAUUAUGAAAUGUAUAUAAUUAAAUGCUGUCUUUGACAAUCUUUGUCUUUUUAGUGCAGACAGCAAUCAAAUCUGAUAAUUCCGAGAGGGUGUCUUACUUGCUCAAAGAAUAAAUGAGCACUAAGGAAGCCUUUUUACUCUUCCAAAUUACUCAAUUGAUAUUCCUGGGGUUUUAACUGCCUUAGUUUAAAGAGGGGAAACAUUUCCUUGACCGUUAUAUUGCCUAUAAUAUGCAUGUUUUGGGCAUCCUACUCAGAAGAACAAAACAAAGACUUGAAGUGCUUUUGUAUAGAGAUCUAAGGUACAUGUGUAAUGUUAGUCCUCUUGAAACACGCCUGAGGACCAAGUGGCAAAAGACACUAAAAAGGACAAAAUAAACUUCCCUGAAAAUCCCCAGUAUCUGUAUAAUUAGAUAUUAAACUUUUUACCAAUGACUUACACUGAAAUAAAGUUGCAAGUUAAAUAA